AUGCGAGGCGUGAAGGUAUUCUCAGGAACCUCCCACCCAGCCCUUGCAGAAGCCAUCUGCCAACGCCUAGGCACCACACCAUCGCCAUGCGACUUAGGCCACUUCGCCAACGGCGAAAUCAGGGUACAGAUAGGCACAUCAAUACGAAACGAGGAUGUCUUCAUCGUCCAGAGCGGUAGCUCACGCAUCAACGACAGCGUCAUGGAGAUGCUAAUCAUGAUCAACGCCUGCAAAGGUGGUUCCGCCAAGUCAAUCACGGCCGUGCUUCCAUACUUUCCCUACUCACGGCAGUCAAAGAAGAAAGCUCAUCGAGGUGCUAUCACUGCCAAAAUGGUUGCGAAUUUGAUGGUCGUCGCAGGAGUCAAUCAUGUCAUUACUGUCGACCUACAUUCAUCUCAGAUGCAAGGCUUUUUCGGGAAACCGGUCGACAAUCUCUUCGCCGAGCCGCUGAUUGCGAGAUGGAUACGAGCAAAUGUCAGAGGCUGGAGAGAUGUGGUGGUAGUCAGUAAGAACGUUGGUGGGACCAAGCGGGUCACUUCCCUGGCAGAUGCCUUGAAGGUUAGAUUCGCCAUUGUCUCAACCGAUCGGGAUCGCCGGAGGUCGACGUACCCCAGCAACCUCAGCAUGGCUGAUUCGUCGGUCUUCUUCGACGCGGUGGAGCCAGCAUCGUUACGCACAUUCGAAAGGCAGAACAGCGACCCGGACGAUGCAGAUACAGAAGCAGAUCGUACCCCGUCUAGGAAGAGUAGACAGCUGAAUGGCAGUUCAUUGCGACCAAAGGCGGUCACCAUCUCAUCAGAGCCGCAAAUAUCGACUGCGCCACAAGCGGACACGGAUUCAGGUCCCGAGGAUGAUUCCCUUCUCGGCGCAGGCCUCAGUAGGGCCGAAACGAUGCCUAGCGCCCGACGGCCCUCCGAAUACGAAGCCAACGACGCCUUGGGUGACGAGAAGGCUAGAGAUGUCAUCAUUUCGAGACUGAUAUCGGGGCAUGUGGUUGACGAUGAUCAUCCGUCACCUGCACUAUCUGCACAAUUCGGAUUGAGCAGAAAUUCGGACGAUCACGACACCGACAACAUGACUGCGUCGUUCAUAUCGACAGCUUCUUCCCUGCAAGCCGACCAUGCGCUAGGCGGGACUUUGGACGCUGCGGCGACUUCCGACGAGGAGGAAGAAGAGAUCCGAAACCCCACCCUCGAACACACAGUCACAUUGGUCGGAAGCGUCAAGGACCGCACCGCCAUCAUUAUGGACGACAUUAUGGACAGGACGGCAUCCUGGGUUGCGGCUGCAGAAACUUGCGUGAAACGAGGCCACGCCAAGAAGGUCUAUUGCGUCGCGAUACAUGCUUUGUUCGAUGAUGAGGCUCUCCAAGAACUCGAAGACUGUGACUGCAUUGACCAUAUCGUUGUGACUAACACUUUCCCAAUGUCGACUGAGAGAUUGCAAUCAUCGAAGAAGCUAAUUGUGAUCGACCUAUCCAAUUUGCUGUCCGAAGCAAUCCGGAGAAAUCAUCACGGAGAAACUGUGUCGGGACUGUUUUCGGCAGAUUGA